AUGCCGUCCUUUUCGCUGCCUCCAAUUCAUGAUAAUCCUGACGGAGGAUGGGGUCCAUCAACGUCCUCAAAUCUUCCUGAUCAGUUCAAAUUCAAGGACAUUCCUUAUGCCCCGUACUCAAAAUCUGACAAGUUAGGAAGGUUCGCCGACUGGAACGAUCUCUCGUCGGAUAACCGACAAUCGACGGUUGGCCUUCCAUCAACACAAAAUGCUCGAGCUGGAGGGCCAGGCGGCCGCAGAAGGGAAGGAAAUCAGGCUUUCGGGAGUGGUACCGCAAGCGCAUUCGCAUACUUUCAUGUUGAAGAUGAAUCUUCUUUCUCGCUCGUGGACAACAAAGCAGCACCACCUCGUCGUGGAGGCGGUUUCAUCCGGGGACGUGGACAAGCCAGAGGGUAUGGAGCCAGGGGCGCUGUUCGGGGCGCUCGUGGCGGGCCUGCUGGUCGUGGAGGUAUGAAUCAGCGAGGUGGUGUGCGGAGAGGCUGGAGAGAUUGGGAAAAGAACAAUCGCACACGCGAGUCGUCUGUCGUCAUUUCACCGCAAUGGUCAAUGCUUGAAGAGAUUGAAUUCCAUCGACUUGCAAAGCUACGUUUGGAGGUUGAUGAACCUGAGGAACUCGAAACAUAUGGUCGUCUCUUUGCUUACGACAAGACUUACGAUCGUGUAACCACGAAAACUGAGAAACCUCUUCAACUGGUGGACCGCAUCAAGUACAAUCCAACUACCUCUGACGAUCCAGUCAUCCAACAACUUGUAGGUAAAGAUGUUGCCAAGGUUUACACGACGGAUAUUAUUCUCAGUGUGCUUAUGUGUGCACCGAGAUCCGUCUAUCCUUGGGAUAUUGUGAUAGUUCGCGAGGGUAACAAGCUCUUCCUUGACAAGCGUGAUGGAGGCCCAUUCGAUACUGUGACUGUGAACGAAAAUGCGGCAGAUCCUCCUCAGGACCCAGCUCCUCCAAAUCCAAACAACCCAAGCGAAAAACCUGCCGUUCCCGAAACAGCUGCCAUAAAUACAGCAACAUCCCUAUCCCUCGAAGCCACCUACAUUAAUCAGAACUUUGGAUUCCAAUCAGUCAUCGAAUCCGCCCCUCCUGCCCCCGUCGAUUUUGCGAACCCCAACCCUUUCUAUGGACCGGAUGAAACCGAACCUCUUGCAUCAUGCGGUUAUCGCUACAGGCUUUUCGACCUCGGCAUCACGGAAGAUGAGGAUAUUAAAAUUUGCGUCCGUACCGAAGUUGAUGCCUAUUCCCCGGGCUCAGGCAAUCCUCGUGAGGGCCAAGGUCUGGUUACGAUCCGUGCUCUCAAUGAAUUCGAUCCACGAGCCCAAGGGGCUGGCGGAGCGCCCGACUGGCGGUCUAAAUUGGACUCCCAACGCGGUGCUGUGGUAGCCACGGAGAUGAAGAACAACAGCUGCAAACUUGCCAAAUGGGCUGUUCAGAGUGUGUUGGCUGGUGCUGAUCUCAUGAAGAUUGGCUAUAUCUCACGAGCCAACCCCCGUGACAAUACUCGUCAUGUUAUCCUGAGUACCGCUUCGAUGCGGCCGACCGAAUUCGCGGCACAACUUAACGUCUCUUUGGCGAACGGAUGGGGAAUAGUUCGCACCGUUACAGAUAUGUGCAUGAAAAUGCCUGAGGGCAAAUACGUUUUGGUCAAAGAUCCUAACAGGCCUGUCAUCCGCCUCUACUCCGUUCCGCCAGAUGCCUUCACAGGAGAAGACGAAGAGACUGGCUCAGCAUCAGAGGAGGAGCAAGAGCUUUGA